UUCAUUAAUGACGAUUUUUAAAAAUAUGAGCGCCACGCUAUCCGUGAAUCAAAAGCAUUUGAGUGUCAAUGAGGAACAUUUUGGAGGUGUUGGGACGGCAGCUCGAUCACGCUCGGAACGUGCUUCUAGCUUGGCACUACCGCACAAUUCCCUAUUGGAUUUUUACGACACAGAGCAAGAGCAAUGCAGCUCAGUGGCAUUGUUGCCGACGAACGUAAAUGUAGUAGUGCGAAGGCAUUCAUCGCACUACUAUCCCAUGUUAGAAGAGAAACAGCAGCAGCAGCAGCAGCAGCAGCAUCAGUUUCAGCAGCAACAACAACCAUUAAAGACACAAUUACAAAUGCAAAUGCAGGCACGGCAAUUGACUGCAAUGGCCACAACUGAUAACGGCGGCACCCUAUCAACAUUUACCGCUGCCAUUCCCGAGUUGCAGCAAUACAAUUAUAAUCAUAAUAAAGGCGGUCAAUUGGCGAUUCAAGACCUCCAAUCGAUGCCAUCAUUGUCGCUUUCAAGCUUCGUAAAAGGCAAAGAGAAGAAUAAUUUUCAAUAUAACACGGUGACCAAUUGUGCCACCCAAAAUCCACCUUCAGGCAUAUCUAACACUGCAGCUACAGCAGCAGGAUUGGCUGCAGCCCCAACUUCAGCACCGGAUACUCCACCGCCACCCAUACCCCGGCGUACAUUUCGUGGCAGUUACGCUUGGAAUACAGCAAUUGACUCGCCCACACUCACGUCUGCAAAUCAAACUCCAACCAAAGAUAAACAACAUAUCAGCACAGGCACCGCAUUUGUUUAUCCACCGCAAACACAAACGCUCUCACCCUGUCGCCGUCAACAGAGCCACACAGUUUAUUACAACACAAGCGGUGUUAACCCAUUGGAUUCGCCACAAAUACCCAAUCAAUUGCAAUCGCAGUCAUUGCUUGUUGACCUAGCCACACGUCCGCUCUACGUGGAUGCGGGUCUCGAUGCCGGCGGCAUUUCCGAUGAUGAUCGUAUGAGUUUGGAGAAUUCUGUAUUUGACGAGUCGCUGACAUCGACACCUGUCAAGGUCGCCUCGAAAGUUGCGACAGAAGGUACUGCGAGUGGGAAAUUAGCUAACAGCGCAUUCACAGCAAAAACAUUGGUCGCUUUCACUGGUGAAUUAAGUAACGCUGCAAAGCGAGCUAAUCGCUCAUCCAGCAGCACCGCUGACUCCACCAUUACAAAUUCAUCGGGUUACGGAUCGGGGCAUAGUGAGCGGUUUGCCUCCUCUUCGACAAGUGCCGACUUUCGCAGUCGUUUCUCAUCAGUGGAUACUCAAUCAUCAAUGGACAGCUGCCCAGCAGAGAAAACAAGCGACUUUUCACAUUCCAAGGACUGCUACAAAAUGGAGCGUACAAUGCUCAAUGAUGCCUUGAAUGACUAUAAUAAUUUGAAUAACAAUGAAACUCGCACUCACAUUGCUUGUAAUACGGUGGCCAGCAACAAUAACACACUGGGUAGUCGCCAAUCUACAAAUGCAACCUCUCAAACUUUAAGCGGCUUGAACCAACAAAAGCCACCCAUAGUUCCAGCUAGGAAACAAUAUGGAGAUGCAUCUAAAAUUCCAUAUCCUUGCAGUCAGAAUAGUUCACAGCAGUCAUUACAAAGCAGUGGCUGCGGCAGCGGUAGUGGUAGUGUCGGCAGUAGUAAAGGUACUUCCACGGUCUCGGCCUCCACAUCCACGUCCUCGACAGUAUCUGCUGGUUCGGGUACUUCCUCGGGCUCGUUGUUGUCCGGUUCGGGUACCGCAUCGAAUACAGCUAUCUCUCCACUUACACAAAACUCAGCCAUUAUUUAUCAACAACCAAAACGUCCAGUACCACCGGUACCACCGGCACGCGGUCAAAUUAGUUCUGAAAACAACGUCAAUAACAGUACACAAAAUGAAACAACAACAUCUUCAAAGGCACCACCACCAGCGGUAACCAUUCGUAAUAAGUUGGGUAAAAGUAAGCCCCCACCCAUCGUUUACCCAAAGCUGCAUCAGCGACAAGACUCGAAUUUGUCAAGUGACAGUUUUUCCGUCACUUCCAGCCCAGGAUAUAAUUCUAAGAAUCUCAUGGAUGUACCGUUGCUUCAAAAUGCAGCUGGUAUCAAUAAGAGCGCUUUGAAUAUGGGAAGCCGACGCCAAGAUUCACCAGAUGGUUUUAAUUUGAAUAAUUCACGAUUUGCGGCUUUGGCAACGGCUGGUAUGGGAAAUGCUGUGGUGCCACCGCCACGCAACAAAUACAGUUGUCGUCAAGAUUCCAAUAUUUCAAGUGAUAGUUUCAGUCAAACUUCCAGUCCUGGUUACAAUGUAAAACUAAUGGAAGCUCCCCUAAUACCCUCGCUCUCUGUCAAAAGGUUGUGUGGCGUGCCUGCGCCAAUUGUCUACAAACAAAAACUGCAAAAUGAAACCAUCGAAGAGAUGGAACAAUCGGUUCCUAUGUCACCACUCACUAAAUGCGUAUCCACUCCAGCUAGCCUGCAGACAAUCGUACAUUUUCAAAAUGGAACACCCAAUACGAUGUCGUUGCAGCAUCAGCGGAUUAUGAAUCGUCGCAAAAGUUCAAAUCCUUACUGUACCAAUGGUCGGAUGAGGUUCCGCGCUCUCCAACUCUUUCUCAAUGUAGUCGCUAUAUUCCUUAUAGCUGCUGGCAUAGGGACAUACUUAAGUUCCUAUCCGACCAUCAAGUUCGUCAAUAAAACUAUAAUAAACACCGUCCAUGUGGAAGAAAUAUCAGGUUAUGGAAAAAAUCCUGCGCCCGGCACGUGUUUACCGAUUAUCGUAAAGUUUUGUCAAGGUCCACAAAUUCCUUAUAACUACACCGUAUUUCCCAAUUAUAUCGGACAUUUUGGUCAACUGGAAACUCAAGUGGAUCUAGAUGCCUAUGAUGCAUUGGUUGAUGUGCGUUGUUACGAGUUGGUAUCGCUUUUCCUGUGCACACUUUUUGUGCCCAAAUGUGGUUCAACCGGCGCAACAGUACCUCCCUGUAAGACGCUGUGCACUGAAACGAUGCGACGUUGUGGUUUCUUUUUCGAUGUAUUUGGUCUGAGUUUGCCCGAAUAUUUGAAUUGCAAACUGUUCAAAGAUUUCGAAAACCCCGAAGAUUGUGUUGGUCUGGAUCAGGUGCGUGAAGUGAUGCUGGCAUCGACAAAACCGAAAUGUGAUGGUUUCCAGUGUGACCAGAAUCGCUGUUUACCGAAUGAUUAUGUAUGCGAUGGCCAUUUAGAUUGCAUGGAUCAAGCAGAUGAGGCCAAGUGUGAACGUUGCCAAAAGGAUGAGAUUUAUUGUGGCGACAAUCGCUGCAUAGGUAUGAAGCACAUUUGCGACGGUAUUAUCGACUGUCCCUUUGGGCAAGAUGAACGUAAUUGCAUACGUCUUAGCGAGCGUAAUGGCGAUUUAGGGAAAGGAGUGUUGGAAAUCUACCGCAUCAAAUCACAAAAAUGGGCACCGGCUUGCGUUAAAAACUGGGAUCGUGCGGUAUCGCCUUCAGCCGUCUGCUCUAUGCUGGGCUACAGUGCCGUUAACGCAACUAGCGUGGUGACACUUAAGACACAUCGACCGCUCUUGACGUCCAUAAAUGUUUCCACUGAUAUUUGGAAAAUGUAUGCGAAGAAACAUUCAAAUUUAAUGCAGGAAUUCGCAAAUUGUACGCCGGAUGAGGACUAUCCAAUCGCCGAGCUGACGUGCGCUAACUAUGAGUGCGGCAAGGUGAAACGUGGUCGCCAUAAACCAUCUCGCCGCAUUAUUGGUGGCUCACAGGCAAACCCUGGAUCAUGGCCAUUUUUAGCUGCCAUUUUAGGAGGACCCGAAAAAAUCUUCUAUUGUGCCGGUGUGUUAAUAUCCGAUCAAUGGGUACUCACGGCAUCGCAUUGUAUAGGAAAUCACACCGUCAUUGAUCUAGAAGAUUGGACCAUACAACUCGGCGUAACCCGCAGAAAUUCUUUUACCUAUACAGGUCAAAAGGUUAAAGUCAAAACCGUCGUACCACAUCCAAAUUACAACACUAUAAUCACGCAUGACAAUGACAUAGCACUGUUUCAACUUGCCACAAGAGUCGCUUUCCACGAGCAUUUGUUGCCGGUUUGUCUGCCACCGCCCGGCAUUAAACUGAAGCCAGAUCAAAUGUGUACGGUAAUCGGUUGGGGGAAACGAGAGAAUAAAGAUCCCAAAUCUACUUACGAGCCCAUUGUCAAUGAAGUGCAAGUACCCAUUAUUGGGCGACAACAGUGCGAUCAGUGGCUGGAUAAUCUGACAGUAUCUGAUGGCAUGAUUUGCGCUGGCUAUGAAGAAGGAGGCAAAGAUGCAUGUCAGGGUGAUUCCGGUGGACCUUUACUCUGCCCCUAUCCGGGUGAAAAGGAUCGUUGGUUUGUUGGUGGAAUCGUAUCUUGGGGCAUUAUGUGUGCACAUCCAAAACUACCCGGUGUAUACGCAAACGUGAUCAAGUAUGUGCCAUGGAUUCAGGAACAAAUGGCUAAGUAUUCGAAACCGGUGGGCGAGGAAAAGUUUUCGAAAUAUGAUGCACAUCCUGGUGGACCAGAUAUACUGUCGAAUAUAGCGACUGGACCAGUGCGUAGCAAAAAACCACAUCACAACCAGAAUCGCAGUCCAAUGGACAUAGAUUAUUAUGAAAAUUAUAAGAAAACUUAAGUUUAACUUGAAAGUUUAUGUAGAGAUAAAUGUGCAUGAAAAAUAGCAAAGGUAUUGAAUUGAAGUCAAAAGUUCAAAGACAGUGAAAAAAGACAAUAAUACUGCAUUGAGUGUGAAAUUUUAUAGAUAAUAAUAUACAUACAUACAUACAUACAUACAUACAUACAUACAUUUAAUAUAAGAAAGGUAUUGCUAAAAGUGAAAUUCCUACAACAAAUUACAUAUAUACAUACAUAUAUGUAUACAUAUAAAAUUAACUGCGAUUUGUUUGUAUUUGGCAAACAAGAAAUAAAAUGAAUCAUAUCCUUGUGGCAUAUUGCCAUUUAAAAAGUGGUACAUAUGUAUAUGUUUACACAGUGUAAUUGAGAAAUAUUAACUUAGUCAAAGGAUGCCUAGCACUUUGCUUGUGUUACGAUGUUUUUUUUUUGCUUUCAAUCAAGGGCAAAAGUUAUGAGUGGAAGUAUUACAAUUAUUACAAUUAAAUACACACACAAAGAGUACAUAAAUAGUAUUAGCCAAUCAAGUCAAUUUCCGAAUUUAAAUGUCAAUUUGACCCAAAGACAGAUGUGUUUUGAGUGCAAUGAAUAAAAUCGAAUAGAAAUGUAAAUGUAAAACAACCCUAAAACGGUGUAGCUACAUACAGAAACACAUACGUACAUGUUUACAUACAUCCGAAUUAGUAGUUCCAAGGGCAUACGUAUAUUUGAAAAAAUGUAUAUACAUAUACAUAUCAAUUUUUAUGCAUGCUUAAGUAGAUUAUGUGGGAGAAAUCUCUGAUUUUGAACUGGUGCGUUUUUUUUAAUCUUGACUAUUCGAAUGUCGAAUAAACCGUAUUUUUUUAUCGAACAAUCCGUUUUUUUCAUUUCGUAUAAAUCGUUCUUUUUUCAGUUUAAGGGAAACCCCUAAAUAGUUUCAAAUUAUAUCCCAGGUUAUUUAUGCUCUAAAUUUGAUGCGCCACUAGCUUGUAAAAAUGCUUAUAAAAAUGAAUGAAUUAAAACUGAAGCCAAAUAUUGAUAAUUUACUGUACAUAAAUCCAACAAGUACAUCCUUCCCAUUAAAAUUGUGAUAAUUUUUUUUAAAUUGUUGAUUUGAAUUGCUAAAGUUACGUUACGUUACGCGACAUAGAUGUCCAUAGUUGGGUGUAAAGUUCAAGGGGGUCCAGGGAAACCAGUAAAAUGUUGAAAGUGGUCUAAGACAUCAACAACUUUGGGAACCUCUGAUUUAGAUGAAUGAAGUAAAAGACAAAUAAUUAAUUAUUUUAAUAAAUACCUUAGUUUUUGUGAUUGCAUAUAUGUAUAUACACACAUACAUAUACUUACC